AUGGCAUCCGCCGCGCAAUCCAGCAACGCCCAUCCGGGUCAGGCACAGGCACCAGGUCACAGUCACGGUCAGAACCAGGAUCAGCAGCAGCAGCGCCCGCCCGGGAAGAAGCGGAGGAAUCACCGAGGUGGGAGGAAGAAGCGCCAGCGGAGGAGGAGUUUUGCUAUUCUGGACGACGACUCCAACCACAGCGACGCAGACGAGCCUCCGCGUGACGGACUAUACCAGAUCCGCUCUGCCAACUUGAGUGGGACUAGCAUUGACAGCCAGGCCCUGCUUGAUCAUAGAGAACACCAGCCUAUGCGACUGAGGAGGGCCUCUACAGUUGGUCCCGCACUCUCCUCUGGCACUCUACCAAGUCCCCUCGUAACCACACCAGGAGGGAGUCGAAGACGAACAUUACCAAACCUCAACUACAGUGAUGAUGAGGAUCCCAUGAACAACUGGGACGAACGUACUCCGUUGAUCGCGGAACCCGCGCGACGAAAGGAUUCAUAUACCGGGGCCGCCUCGAGCUAUGGUGCUGGAUUCUCAACCUCUAGCAGACCGCGGAGCCGCGAGGCCUCGAGUAUAUCUUCGAAUGCGAGGCGAGGCGCAGCUGCAUUCGGAGCCAGGGACCGCUAUCAUCAUGUCAACAACCCACCUUCCAUCCCCGGAUCGCCGAACUUCGGAGCAAUCGACCGUAUUGAUAUGACCCUUGGUGAUGUGAUGAUCAGAGAUGAGAUCGAUCUCCAUGAUGAUAGUCCCGGGCACCUCAGUCAGGACGAUGAUGGCAUAACCGGUGGAGCGGCGCUUCGGGACAACAGGGCGGAGAAGGACGUGUGCUUCCCUGUGUCGGGCAUGUCAGAGAACGGCGACGAUGAUGUACAAGAGCGAGAUUUCGGACUCAAACCUAGGACACGGCGGCGUCGCGGUAAAUGGCCCGAUCUGUCAAUCCUCGAAGAGUGGAAGCAUAUGGAGAAGGAGGAUAGAAGUGAGGAACGUCGUGUUAAGAGGAUUACGGAGCCUCAGCUCAUCAAUGGACGCCUGCGCCCAGUGCGCAAGGGUUGGUACGAAACCGAGGGGGAUAGCCCCUAUCGAUUUACCUAUUUCAACGAAGAGUUCCAGAGUACGAUCCACAGCCAGACCAUCUCGGAGCUCGUACAGCCUGGGAGCGGAUUUGAACAGUUGUUCAUCCCCGAACCAAGGAUAUUGUCCGACGGCGAGAGCAGUGAUGAGGAGGAGGAGGCUCUGACGUCCGCCAAGCUGCACCGUCCUAGUGGAGGAGUCGAUGGUGAUUCCAAGAUCCCCUCCCGACAGCCAUCAGUAGCGGAAAGCCGCCGCGAGCAAGUGGUUUCUCCUCAGCAGGACAUUCCCUCCGGAAGCUCUGGUCGUGUCUCGCCGACUAACCCAAAGUCGCUCGACCAAACCGCUGGGAGAGGCUCACGACAAGGAUCUCAGCAAACGUCUUACGAGUCUUCGCGAAUGCCUUCUCUACAGCCGUCCCAGGAACCUACCCAAGAGCCUUCUCAACAGUCAUCUAAUGACCCAGAACCCAAGCCGAAGCAAAUUCGGUACGGUGAACGCCCCGUAUGGUGGCUUAACGUGCUCUGUCCAACCGAGGCCGAGAUGAAGGUCAUUUCAAAGGCUUUUGGUAUCCAUCCGCUUACAGCCGAAGAUAUCAUGCUACAAGAAGCCAGAGAGAAGGUCGAGUUAUUCCGGCACUACUAUUUCGUCAACUAUCGCACCUUUGAUCAGGACAUCAACAGUGAAAACUAUCUAGAGCCCGUGAACAUGUAUGUGGUUGUGUUCCGGGAGGGUGUGCUCAGUUUCCACUUCUCGGUCACGCCCCAUCCUGCCAACGUGCGACGCCGUAUUCGACAACUUCGGGAUUAUCUGAUACUCUCGUCAGACUGGAUCUCAUACGCCCUCAUCGACGACAUCACCGACGUCUUCCAGCCUCUGAUUCAAAACAUCGAAGACGAAGUGGACGAGAUCGACGAGGCCAUUCUCCGGGUACACUCUGUCACUGACAAGCGGCAGCACGAGGAGAAGAAAAGAGACGACGCCUCUACCGUCGCCGAGUCGACAGGAGACAUGCUCCGGCGUGUAGGCGACUGCCGCAAGCGAGUCAUGAGCCUGUACCGUCUUCUGGGAAACAAGGCGGAUGUUAUCAAGGGAUUUGCCAAGCGGUGCAAUGAGCGCUGGGAAGUUGCGCCCCGCUCGGAAAUUGGACUCUACCUUGGCGAUAUUCAAGAUCACAUCGUGACCAUGACCUCGAACUUGGGGCACUAUGAAAAAAUACUGGCUCGUUCUCAUGGCAAUUAUCUCGCGCAGAUCAAUAUUCGCAUGAACGAACGCCAAGAGCAGACCGCAGAUGUUCUCGGAAAGCUCACCGUCCUGGGCACAAUCGUCCUCCCGAUGAACAUCAUCACCGGUCUCUGGGGCAUGAACGUCUGGGUUCCCGGCCAGGAGUACGAAGGCGACUUGACCUGGUUCGUCUGUAUAACGGCAGGAUUGUUCAUAUUUGGAAUAGGAUGCUACAUGAUCGCCAAGAGGGUCUACAAGAUUGUCUAA